UUUUUUUUGUUUUGUGUUGCUUUUUGUAAAAGAAAGGGGUGGGGGAGAAGAGUCAGGGUGUGUGUGUGUGUGUGUGUGUGUGGCCACGGUGGCGGGGGCGCACUCCCAGGGCUUUCUGGGAGCUGUAGUCUUGCUAGGGAGCCUUCUUUUCUAAUCUCGCGGCAAAGAUGCCGAGGGUCCUUGCGCGGUAAGGUAAAGUCACGUGGCGCCAGCGCGGCGGAGCUGCUGCUGCUGUCGGACGGGCAGAGAUGGCAGGAGCCGCGGAGAAGAAGAAGCAGGUUCGCUUCGCCCGCCUGGAGGAGGAAACACGAGCUGGCCUGGGCGAAGGCGAGGAGGAGGAGGAGGAGGAGAUCUUGGUGGCAGCGGCGGUGGCCGCUCGCCCGCCGCCCUCGAAGCAGCCACUCGGGGACUGCGCUCAGCUUGCCCUUCAGCUUGAUGUGAUGGUGGCCGAUGGCAGCGGCCGGAGAAGCCGGGCAGGGGGCGGCAGCGGUGUGUGGAGGCGGCGGCGGCAGCAGCAGCAGGAAGCGGCGGCGGCGGCCGUUGUGCAGCGUGCGCUGAAAUGGUGCAUCUCAGCUGCUCUCUGUGCCGCCUUCCUGGGCCUGGGAAUGGCCAUUGCUAUUCUAGGGCCCACAUUUCCAGACCUGGCUGCAAAUGUGAACAAAAACGUCAGUCAGAUUUCCUAUAUUUUUGUGGGCCGUUCAAUGGGGUAUUUUGGUGGCUCUCUGCUUGGAGGAAUACUCGUUGACUGCAUGAAUGCCCAGCUUCUCUUGGGGUUAUCUAUGUUGGGUACAACUGUAGGUCUGUAUAUCAUUCCAUGGUGUAAGAAAGCCAUCCUGUUGACAGCCAUGAUGUCUGUCAUUGGUUUUGCAAUGGGAGUCCUGGAUACAGGUGGCAAUGUUCUUGCCUUGGGCACGUGGGGGACAGAAGCUGGUCCACAUAUGCAGGCUUUACACUUCAGUUUUGCCCUGGGUGCCUUUGUGGCCCCCAUCCUGGCCAAGAUGGCAUUAGGUGGCUCUGCAACUGAUUCUCAGCACCAUGCGACUAGCAGUUAUGACAAUCAGUCUGUUUUGAAUCCUCAUCCUACUGCUGUGUUGAUCCUGAAGCAGCAUUUAAGCUGGAACUUUGUGUUGUCUUACAGCGUUAUCGGCACAUAUCUUCUGCUUGUUGCGUUGCUUUUUUGUAUUUUAUACUUGAGGAGCAGCCAUCUUCGAGACAGAACAAAACUUUCUGCUCAGAAAUACCAGACUGCCAAAUACCACCAUGCCCUCAUAAUUCUCCUUUCUCUGUUCUUUUUCUUCUAUGUAGGAGCAGAGGUAACAUAUGGCUCUUAUAUAUUCACUUAUGCAAAAACUUUCAUUGGCAUGAAGGAGAGCGAAGCAGCUGGUUUGAACUCUGUCUUUUGGGGAAGCUUUGCAGCUUGCAGGGGACUGGCAAUCUGUUUUGCUACCUGUUCCUAUCCUGGGUCUAUGAUCCUGUUGAGUAUCACAGGCACAACUGUGUCCUCUUUGUUCUUGGCAUUGUUCAGCACACACCGUGUGUCUCUGUGGCUUGGCUCUGCAGUAUAUGGAGCUUCAAUGGCUACUAUCUUUCCCAGUGGCAUUUCCUGGAUCGAGCAGUAUACCACCAUCCAAGGGAAAUCUGCAUCAUUGUUUGUAAUGGGUGCGGCUUUGGGGGAAAUGUGUAUUCCUGCCGUGGUUGGCUUCCUUCAAGGGCAUAUUCCUACUCUUCCAGUGCUCAUGUAUACUGCAUUGGGAACAGCUGUCAUGACAGCAGUGCUGUUUCCUGUGAUGUAUAAAUUAGCUACAUCGCCUUGUGAUGCUAAGUUGAUGGAUGCUGGAGAUAGUGAAGUCCAGGAAGCCUUAUUGUCCAGUUCUCAUCUUGAAGAAGAGGAGGAUGGCAGAGAAUGGAAUGAAGUAGACUUUGAAGUAAUUGAGAUGAAUGACACGUUGAGGAACUCGGUCAUAGAAACCUCUACGAAGAUCCAAGGUGAAUGUUCACCUGCCACAUCCAGCAAUCCUCCUUCAGAAAACUCAUCAUUUAGUUCUUCUACCAGACUUUCUGUCAACUCCCCAAGAGAAAAGAAUUCAAAUCCAAAUAGGGAUAAAAGUGACUAAGGCUGCUUAUUCAGAAGAACAGCAAGGACUCCUGCUUUAAACGAUACAUUUCAGUAGUGCUGGCAAGCUUGUUGAAUCCUAAUCAAGGUUGGUUAUUUUGUGUAAAAGUGUGAGAGAACAAGUACUAAAGAGGAGGAAUUGUGUAACGGAGCCCUUGGAUGAGCAAGAGUGUGGAAGAAAAUCCAAGUGAGGAUUUGAGACGUCGGACGGGAAAAGUGUUGUAUCUCACACUGUAAUGGUUCUUCAGCGAGGUCGGGAGGUUAUUUCUAAAUUCAUUUAUAUUGCUCUUGUUUGGCGGAAGGGAUUCAUGUGCUGACCUCACUGUAGACAGUUUGUGGGAGCUUAUCUUUUGAUUUGAACUAUAGUAUGAUAGUUAAUUUGCAAAGUCUGUGGGUUGGGGACUAGAGUCAGCUUCAAGAGCCUCAUAAGGGGUCCUCAUCUAUUUUAUGAAUACCACAUAGAUCUGUUUUUAAAAAUGCUCUGAAAAAACUUUGAGAAAAUAUUUGCAGCUUCUCAGCUGCAUCUGAAUUGCCUCUCAAAAGCAAGAAUAUCAGCACAUUAUGAAGAUGUUUAGUUUCUUGCUAGUUUUGUAUACAGAACAUUGAUUACCAUCUGCUUGCAAAGGUUAAUAGUCUUUACCAAGAUAGUCUUCAGUACUUUGCAUUUCUCCUGUAAAAAGUGGCCAACAGCUUCUAUGAUAUUUUGUUAAAAAGCACACUGAUAGCAAUUUGUGAGGUUGCAGUAGAAAUGUAGGGAGGGAGGAAUUGAGUGUGGGACAAUUCAAUGUCUAUUUAGUAACUUAAAGGCACUCCCUUAGCAACAGAUUAUUUUCAGUCAUGCUAAACUGAGUCAUCUUACAUAAAUUAUUUUAAAACAACAAAGCAAGCAUGCACUAGGAGGGAAGCAUGUGUGCUACAUGACAGAAAUGUCCUGUCUUUUUAAAUUGUGAGCCCUGUGAGGACAGACAAUCUUAUUCUUCUGUAAACUGGUUUGAGAACCUUGGGGGAAAGCGGUGUAUAAGUAUUCUUAAUAAUAAUGACAGUACUUCAUUAUAUAUUCCUUGUCCAAAAGAGGUUUACAGGCUAAAAACAGAACCAAGGAAGACACCAGCCAACACUUUCAAAGCCAACACUUUGAAAGGUGGUUUCUUGCUUGGGCAGCAGCUGAUUUGGGGGUGAGGAAUUUGACUUCUGUAGAUGGAUGAUUAUAUAAUGCUGUGGUUAUAAAUAUUGAAGAAAUGUUUAAAAUUUUUACUUUGAGAUUUUUAAGCAAGAAUUUAAAUACGAUACAAAAAGGUCUGGUGUCAAAAUGUCCUAUUAUGUUCAUACAGCACAUAGUCUCUCUUGUACAUCAUCUAUCUAUAUAUUUAAUUCUCGUAGAUGUGCUGCUGGGGAUGUGUGGUGGAACUCUCACGAGAGUGGCAGCUCCACUCGCGAGAGUUCCUGACUUUGGGUGGGUGGGCGAACCCCUUCUAGCCUGAGGAGGCUGGCCGGCAGGCAAAGCCCUGCCAGCCUGAGGAGAUGAAAUGAGGCUGAAGGGGGAGGAGAGGUGGGAGGAGGCGGCUGGCCAGUGGCUGACAGGUGCCUGGGCCAACUAGUAAAUUACUAUUUUUGUAAGCGGAUAGCCCUUUCUGAUUGAUGUGUAAUAGAAACACUCAUGAAAACAGCAAGAGAAAGAAGAUUUGGACUGAUGCAAUAGCAAACGAAGAUGAACAAGCAAGUUGAGUACAGUUUACCAGAGGUGGCAGAGGUUAGAUAUGUCAAACCACGGUAGAGGGCAAAGAGUUUGUAUGAAAAAAAGACCAGUGGGGAGUGUGUAUGCACACAGUAGGAUGGCCUUCUGCCAGUCUCUAAAUUGUAGCUAACCAUUGCAAUCUGCAUGUGUAGGCUGAUUCCAUGCCUCUGGAGUAGUUGCCAUUCAAUCUGGAAAUUGGGACUGCCAUCUCCCCACCCUUCCCCCCACCAUUUGGAGGUAUGGGAGCGCGAGGUAGAAUAUAUGAACUGUUUCUACACAUACACACAUGCUUUGCUGUAAUUUCGGUAGUUACUGGAGCACUAAUUGUUAAGUGACCUUAGGUUUAAAUAGCAGGAUACUCGGUUUGUUUUGUAAAAUACCAGAGAAAUUGGUGUCUGGAAUUUUGAACCGGGAAGACUUGUAUUACAUAUAGCUGUGGCUAAAUCAGUGAAAACAAGAAUAGGGAUUUAAGAACCUACCUCACAAAGAUAUUCUAAAUAUAAAGCAUUAAAACCCACCACUAAAGCUGAUGAAGCAAGGAUGCAAGUUUAAAAAAAUGAAGCAUUGACUUUCAGUAUGUUAAAGCCAGGCUCGAUUAAUACAAUACUGUAAAAUAGUGGUCUCUACAUGAACUCUAGUUACUUAGUGUGACACAAUAUCUUAAAUUUUAGUACUCUUCACUCAUUUUAAGUACCGUAAUUAAACAAGGACUUGGGUAUGCCAUUUGAACGACAUUACAAGCCCCUUCAGUUUCAAAAGCAGUUUAAGCACACAGUGUGGGGGAGCUGCUGUAAGAGAAACAUAAACCAGUAAUUCCUUUGAGUAUGCAGAACUAGUCAUAUACACUUUUAACCCUGAUCAGAUUGUGUUGGUAGUUGUCAUUUUAAUUGAAAAGAUCAGCUGCUUUUUUUUUUUUAAACUCAAAGUAAAGAGCAUGGUAAAAAGCAUGCCUAAGCAAUAUCCUAAAUUAAGAGUUCUGUAUUGAGGUUUGUUGCUUAGCAUAUGUAGCUUUUAAGGAUUGCUACAAGUGUGCAAGAGUAAACACUGCAAAUGUAAGCUCAGUACAGUAUUUACUUGAAGAAUCCUGCCUCUAACAAUACAAACCUAUUCCUUCCUGGUAUUUGCACUUUUAUUUUGUAAUUGACCUAAAACUGGCAUUAUGGAAGGCCACAGAGCUGCAUUUUGAUUUGCACUUUUUGUUAAUGCUAGUAAGUGUGAAUUGCCUUAACUAUUCUUAUUUGGGUGUAUGUAUGUUUGUACUGUUGGUAUGGUGAUUUUGUAAUGUGAAUGUUGCUGGGGCUAUGUUGCUUGUGUUUACACAGCAUCAUUGGGAAGUGACAUUUUCUUGAAUAAAGUAUUUAUUUACCAA